AUGUCUGCUGAAAAAGCUGUAAUAUUCUUAUCAAAUAGAUCUCCGACUGAAAAUGAAAACUAUUUCAAAAAACUCUCUAUAGCAUUGGAGCUCUUCACCCAUACUUGGUCUUUAUCAGUAGAAGUUCAGUUCUGCCUACUUGUUCCAUUUAUCUUUCUCAUUGGUCGCCUAUUCAAAACACCAUUUAGAGAGAUAUAUUUUGUAGCGAUAGUACCUAUUUCAUCAUAUGGCUACCAUUUUUCUUCUCCAACAUCCGUUGCUUUCAACAGUGUUUUUGCGCGAUUUUGGCAGUUUUCAAUUGGAAUGAUGACAUAUUUUAUUGUCGAUAGCCGCAAAGAUAAUAAAGUUUUCUAUGAGCCGUUGGAAACUAUGGACAACGAGACUGAACAGAUUUUGGAGAAAGACGAACUUGUCAGAAAAUCAGAAGUAUCGGGGAAAAUUUUGUGGGUGAAAAAUAUUAUUCUAGUUGUAUCAGUGAUGAUAAUGCUAGUUCCUAUAGAACUGAAUCCGCUUGGAACAAAGUAA